CCCUUCUUGUGCAGUGACAACAUCUACUCUCGGUGCAUCUCCAGAUAACGAUGUUUUCCCUCAAGUUGUGCUUAGCGACGGCAGUCUUCACGCUGGUGACAAGUGUCCUAGGCGCUCCUCAGAGAGAUCCUUUGGCAGUACCUCUUACAGGAAGGAACGCCGGAAGAUGAUAACGUCUGAUGUGGUUUUGUCAAACUGGUUACGCUGCAGAGCUUCAAUGUAAAGCUUUUUGGGGGAGAAGGAAAAAGUACUUUAGAGUUA